CGAAGCGCGAAAGUCGCUUCACGCCUGGCUUGGCGGCGCUUGCUUCGCCGGAGCCGGGAGAGCGCGGCGGGACGCUGAGGCGCGGAGACGCGAGCGGCUCCUCAGGGCUUGGUCCCCUUGAAGUGAGAUCAAGAACAGCAGAAGAAUGUGGAACACGGUUUUCAGGCCAGUAGGAGCAGCGAGACACAAUCCUGAUUAUUGAAAAUUAAAUAGUGACGACUUGAACUCAAAUGUCCUGAUAUGAACUGCAUCCACUAUGUGUUCUUUAAAACAGAUUACAUUUAUUUUCACAGCUGCAUGUUGGCUGAUAUUUGUUCUUUCACUCCAACCAGUUAAAGGGGGUCAGUAUGCAUAUAUUAGUCGUUGUGGUGGACAGGAUUGCACAGCUUGUCAAUGUUUUCCCGAGAAAGGCUCAAGAGGACAACCUGGUCAGAUGGGGCCUCAGGGUCCAAUUGGGGCUUUGGGUUUAAUAGGACCCAUUGGUUUGCCAGGAGUAAAAGGCCAGAGGGGUGAUAUUGGUCUUCCUGGGCCAAGUGGACAAAGAGGAAGUCAGGGUCCUACUGGCGUUCCAGGAUUUUCAGGUUUAGACGGUAUACCUGGGUUACCAGGACCUGAUGGACCCAGAGGUAAGCCUGGCUUGGAUGGGUGCAAUGGCUCAAGGGGAGACCCAGGAUUUCCUGGAGAGGAUGGUCGUAUUGGCCCAAGAGGCUCCUUUGGUAUUCCUGGUCAAAAGGGAGAAAAAGGAAAUUCCGUGUAUGUUUCUCAGUUCAUUAAAGGGCUUUCGGGAGAAAGAGGGGAUCCUGGAUCCCGUGGCAUGCCUGGCCCCAGAGGAGAAAGGGGGCCCAGAGGUCCACCUGGAUUUCCAGGCCAACCAGGCAUACAGGGUACUACAGGUCCUCCUGGUUUUCCAGGCGAGCAGGGAAAUCCAGGAAUUGGAGUGGAUGGACAGAAAGGGGAGCCGGGUGAUGUCGGACCUCCUGGAUCUCCAGGGCCGCCUUUAUUAGUUGGACCUCCUGAUUUUCAACUGUUUAAGGGAGAAAAGGGUGUAAAAGGAAUACCUGGAACUAUAGGUGCCAAAGGAUUGCUUGGACGCAAAGGUUCACUUGGAAUUGGAGAGAAGGGUGAAAAGGGGAUUCCUGGUUUUCCUGGAUUGCGGGGGAGUCCAGGCUCUUAUGGAUCGUCAGGAAUUCCAGGAAGCAAGGGUGAAACUGGAAUGGCUGGAUUUCCUGGAGAGGAUGGGCUUCCAGGAAUUAAGGGGGAUCUAGGAGACAGUGGGCUGCCAGGUCCACCAGGACCUCGAGGAACACCACGCCCUGGAAUAAAAGGUCUUCAAGGAGACCCUGGAGACCCUGGACCUCCUGGAAAUGUGGGGGCAGAUGGGUUGACGGGCCCUCCUGGAGCUUAUGGCAGGCAAGGGGAAGAUGGAGCCAGUUUCCCUGGUCCCAAAGGUAUAUUGGGAGUACAAGGGCCUCAGGGCUUUCGAGGUGACCCUGGUCUCCCUGCUAUAGCUGACAUGGCACCAGGAAGGCCUGGCUCUCCAGGGUUGCCAGGUUUUCCAGGAACACAAGGAAAGCAGGGCUUGCCUGGAUCACCUGGUGUGGCUUGUACUGGGAGAGGGUCUCCUGGGCCACCAGGAGCUAAAGGCCAGAAGGGACCACCUGGAGAAAGAGGUUCAAAAGGAGAGAAAGGUAGUGCAAGUAGCUGCUUAUGUGGUGCUGGUCCUUGUGGUGCAGCUGGAAUACGAGGUCUGCCAGGUGUCCCUGGAAGAAAAGGAGAAGUCGGAUUACCUGGAAAAUAUGGAACAACAGGUGACCCAGGCUUACCUGGUGCAGUAGGGCCACCAGGUUCCCCCGGAAUACCAGGUCCAUUUGGGUUGACUGGUGAAAAAGGUGAUAAGGGUGACCCAGCUAGAAUAAGAAUAAAAGGGAUAAAAGGACAAAGAGGUCUUCAAGGUGAGCCUGGAUUUCCAGGAAGAAAUGGUAUUGCUGGCAGGAAUGGAGAACUAGGACUGCCUGGUGAAAAGGGCUUAAAGGGGUUUGACGGAAGAGCUUUGCCAGGUGAUAAGGGAUUUCCUGGUUCCCCUGGACUGCCUGGCUCAAAGGGGCCAAUAGGACCAACAGGUUUUGGAAUUCAGGGUCUGCAAGGUGUCCGGGGUCUGCCUGGAAGUCCAGGAAGCCCGGGUAUUAGAGGACCACCUGGCCCAAAAGGUGAAAAAGGUGCUACUCUUCCUUACACAGCAGCAUACCCUGGGAAUCCAGGUGCACCUGGUUUUAAAGGUAUAUCAGGCCCGAAAGGAUUGAGAGGGCAGCCUGGGAGAGCUGGUCCCAAUGGUUUUGAUGGCUUCAAAGGCCAACAGGGCAGACCAGGAAUACCAGGCAAUCCUGGUCCAGAAGGUUUCAGGGGUGAGACUGGUGAUCAAGGUGCACAAGGUGAAAGAGGUCCAAGGCUGGAUGGUGCUCCAGGGUUGCCAGGUCCUCCUGGUCUUGAAGGUCCAAAAGGCAUUUUAGGUGACAACAGUUAUGGUCCUCCAGGAAUUCCAGGCAACGGAGGUCUUCCCGGUAUACCAGGCUUGCAAGGCUUAAGAGGUGAACCAGGUUUUGCUGGCCUUCAAGGACAGCCUGGCAUCCCAGGAUUUCCAGGAGCUAAAGGUCUCAGAGGUAGAAAAGGUGACAUAGGAGUCACAGGAGGCCCUGGGUCACCUGGUCUGCCAUGUGACAAAGGCUUGCAGGGGCUGCCAGGACCUCCAGGCUCUUUUGGACCACCAGGCUUUCCAGGUUUACAAGGGUUCAAGGGUCCUAAAGGUGAUAUGGGUGCACCAGGCCCAGCUGGAAUGAAAGGCAUGCCUGGGUUUCCUGGAGUAGAAGGGCCACCUGGCCUCCCAGGCUUAAGAGGAAAACCAGGUCUUCCAGGAGAAAAUGGAUUGCCAGGCCGCCCAGGGCAAAAAGGGAGCCAAGGGUCCCAAGGCAUGCAGGGUUUCCCAGGACUCCCAGGAAGUGAAGGAGAAAUGGGAGCACCUGGUGUGAAAGGUGAAGAAGGACAAGCAGGUCCGCGUGGCCCUCCAGGAGAAUGUGGGUCUAUAGGAUUAAAGGGCGAAAGAGGACCUCCAGGAGAGGACGGCUGUGUUUUCAUAUUGAAAGAGAAAGGACAAAAAGGGGAGCCAGGCCUUCCUGGUGAUAAAGGCAUCCCAGGAACACAGGGUGAUAAAGGCAACACCGGAUUCAGAGGAAUCCCAGGAUUGCCAGGCAGAAAUGCACUUCCAGGUACUCGAAAAGGCGAACUUGGCGAUGCUGGUCAGGCUGGUUUUCAAGGGCCUCCCGGUCUUCCAGGACCCCCAGGACUGAGAGGAAUCACUGGUUUUCAAGGACCACAAGGUGACCAGGGUGCACAGGGAUUGCCAGGGAUUCCAGGAAGUUCAGGACUUGAUGGUGCAAAAGGAUCUAAAGGUAACAGAGGUGACCCAGCUGUCUCUUAUGGCCAGCCUGGUAAGAAAGGUCCUGCAGGCGAUCGAGGAUUGCCAGGACUUGAUGGAUUACCAGGAGACCAAGGAAUCACAGGUGUUCAAGGGAGACCAGGAAGACAGGGACCCAAAGGUCUAACUGGAUACUCAGGAACACCUGGCUUCCCAGGUAUCCAAGGAGCUGCAGGCAUUCCAGGAGCACCAGGUGAACAAGGUAAUCCUGGUCUUUUGGGAGCUCCAGGUUUUCGAGGAUUACCUGGCAGUCCUGGGAGAAAAGGCCUUUCGGGACCGCCUGGAUUAAAUGGCCUGAAUGGACUACAGGGUCAAAAGGGCUUGCCAGGAUCUCCAGGUUUAAGUGAAAUGGGGCCUGCAGGAUGCAUAGGAGAACCUGGGCCAAAAGGCAACAGAGGAGAACCUGGGCUACCAGGAAUUUCCCGUCCGGGUCCCCCUGGAGAUGCAGGACUAUUAGGUCCUCCUGGCAAGCCAGGUGUUUCUGGGCCUGCCGGUCCUAUGGGACAGCCUUCUGUAAAUAUACUUCCUGGGCCUCCAGGUGACCAAGGCCCUGCUGGAUUAGAUGGUGUUAGAGGUCUCCCUGGCAAACCUGGUCCUCCAGGGAAGACUAUUCUCAUUAAAGGAGACCCAGGUGACUGUGGGGCUUUGGGGGCACCUGGGGUUCCUGGUCCUCCUGGCAAACCUGGACCUAAAGGUAUCUCGGGAAAUCAAGGAAGAGAAGGCUCAAAAGGUCCAACAGGAAACCCUGGCCCACAGGGACCACCUGGUGCCCCUGGAGAGCCUGGAGAUCAAGGUUUGCGAGGAUCAACUGGUCGUAUGGGUCCCAAAGGUUGCAGAGGUGACCCAGGAGAACCUGGAAGUGUUGAUUAUUCCUUAUGUCCCAAGAUUCCAGGGCCUCCUGGUGUAUUGGGCCCAAGAGGAUCACCAGGUGCCGUGGGAUUAAGAGGGCCAGCAGGCUUCCCUGGUCCCCCAGGAGAGAAAGGAGAAGAAGGGUUAUUGGGUCAACAGGGUCAAGAUGGCUUGCCUGGGCCACCAGGACCCCCUGGUGAUGAAGGUAACAUUGGAGAAAAAGGAUACACAGGACUACAAGGUUUUCCAGGUGAAAUUGGAAUGCCAGGUCCACCAGGGCCUGACACAAUAGCUGCCGGUGGGUUCCUGAUUGUUGUUCAUAGUCAAUCAGAUCAAGUGCCACUGUGCCCAGAGGGAAUGCCAAGGUUGUGGACUGGAUAUAGCCUGCUGUAUCUUGAAGGGCAGGAGAAGGCCCAUAAUCAAGAUCUUGGUCUUGCUGGAUCUUGUCUCCCUGUGUUCAGCACCAUGCCCUUUGCCUAUUGCAAUGUUCAUCAGGUCUGCUACUAUGCAAGUCGAAAUGAUAAAUCUUACUGGCUGUCUAGCGCAGCUCCUUUGCCCAUGAUGCCCCUCUCUGAAGAAGAAAUACAACCUUACAUUAGCAGGUGUGCUGUCUGUGAAGCUCCCGCCCAAGCUGUUGCAGUUCAUAGUCAAGAUCAAUCCAUUCCUCCCUGCCCAUCAAACUGGGGAAGCCUAUGGAUAGGCUAUUCAUUUUUAAUGCACACUGGAUCUGGUGACCAGGGAGGUGGACAGUCUCUCAUGUCAACUGGAAGCUGCCUUGAGGACUUCAGAUCAGCACCCUUCAUUGAAUGCCAGGGUCAGCGAGGGACAUGCCAAUUUUUUACCAAUGAAUUCAGCUUCUGGUUAAGUACUGUAAACCCAGAGAUGCAGUUUACUUCAGUCCCUCACUCAGAGACUCUCAAAGAUGAGCAACAACAACGCCGCAAUGUAGGUAGAUGCCAGGUCUGCAUGAAAUAUGGCUAAAAGAAACCUGAUCAUUUACCAAAGUGAGAGGGGAUGCCGUCAGUUGCAUGUGGUGCUAAUCUUAUGUGAAACUGUGCACUGCCGUUCAAGCCUUUGGCCACGUCUGAAGAAGAACCAUGGUACUGUAGUUCUUCCUCAAGUCCCACCCCCUGUGCAGCGACACUUUUAAGAGGCAUUGUAGCUGUGCUAGCUAGAAAUGUAUGCAAAGCUUAAUGUUUUUUAUGAGACCCAAAGCAUAAGUCCACUUGCAAAGACCAGCAGGAUGGGAGGGCCAGUGUGGUGUGAUGGUUAAGAGUGCUGGACUAGGACCUGGGAGAACAGGGUUCAAAUCCACACUCAGCCAUGAACCUCACUUGGUGAUCUUAGGCUAGUCACCGUCUCUCAGCCUAUCCUACCUCACAGAGCAUUGUGAGGACAAAAGGGGAAGGGGAAGAACCACAUGCGCCCGCUAGAACUCACUGGAGGAAAGAUGGGGUGUAAAUGUAGGAAAACAUAAAUAAAUUAAAAACAAACCAUCUCCUGAGUUCUUUUUUUGCUGCCAUAGGGAAUAGAUAAUCUAUCACCCUCACGCAUCUUUUUUUCCUGGAGCUUUUUACCCUUUAUUUCCCUCUUGUCUCCUUAAACUGCAAGCCUGCAGGCAAGUCCAGUCUUAUGUUUUUAAUAUUGUUUAUACAACACCACAAUGAUCGAGACACUUUAUUGGUCGUAAACUAUUUUUAUUAGGUCUGACCUAGCAGAUUCACGGAUGCAAUUCAUGUAAGCAUGAAAAGCACGCCAGCACGCUUAAGCAAAUUUCUGCCAGGAGGUUGUGACACUGCCACAAAUAGACCCAAGUCAUACUUACCAUAUUUUUCCAUGUAUAAGACUAUAUUUUUUCCCUAAAUUUUUGAAGUUUAAAAUAAGGGGUCGUCUUAUACACAGAUAGUGCAUGGUGCAUCUUCUUAAUUUGAGGUAAAAAAAAGGGGGUCGUUUUAUACAUGGGGGUGUCUUACACAUGCAAAAAUAUGGUACUUUCCCCAUGUGGUUGCAUCCUCAGGGCUCACCAUUCAAAUGCUUGUAAAUCAGAGCAAAGAAUGAGAAUACAUAUGAAACAUUUUCUCA